CGCCUGCCCAAGGAGAGCCUCUACAGCCCCCCCAUCGUCAUCAAGGUCCUGGACAACCGUCCCUUCGGGCGCCGGCCCGUGGUGGGACAGUGCUCCGUGCGCUCCCUGGAGCCCUUCCGAUGGGAUCCCUCCGGCCAGGACACCGCCCGGCCCCCCGGGCACGGAGACGACGUGAGCCUCACGCCCGGGGACGACAUCCUCAUCGACAUCGACGACAAGGAGCCCCUGCUCCCCGUCCAGCUUGCCGAGGGUGUGACCAGCUCUGCACUAAUUACCCUCCCUCCUGCCGGGGCCCCGCCUCCUGAGGAAGAAUUCAUCGACUGGUGGAGCAAGUUUUAUGCUUCCAUAGGAGAGAGGGAAAAAUGUGGCUCCUACCUGGAGAAGGGCUUUGACACCCUGAAGGUCUACGACACGGAGCUGGAGGAGCUGGAGGAGUUCGAGCACCUCUGUGACUUCUGCCACACCUUCCCCCUGCUCCGGGGCCGGAGCCGCGACUGCAGCGACGACCCCUCGGUCGUGGGGGAGUUCAAGGGUUCCUUCAGGAUCUACCCCCUUCCCGAGGAUCCGCGCGUGCCGGCGCCGCCCCGGCAGUUCCGGCAGCUCCCGGCGCGGGGUCUCCAGGAGUGUCUGCUCCGGGUCUACAUCGUCAGGGCCUUCGACCUGCAGCCCAAAGACUCCAACGGGAAG